AUGCCAUCUAAAGGCGACUGGAAGCUGAAGCCAAUCGGAUUUACGGAUGUCCUCUUCUUCAUGGGGACGAUGGUCCCUCGACUCCUCGUCCUCCGGCCGAUCUACGAACUAAUUCUCCUGGGCCUGGGGUUGAUUGCCUAUCUAGUCCUCGUCCUUCCCAUUCGACUCAUCGCCUCUCGACUGAUCUCCUCUACGCCAUACUCGCGACGUACGCAUGUCGCGCAAGACGCCGCGCUGAAGGUCGUUGGGUUCUUAUUCGCGUACGCCCCCGUAUCUGUUGGUCGGAUAUUCUUCUCCACCUCUCAAUCAGUGCCAUUCAUGAAACGCCGCUUCGACUUUAAUCGCUGGGUCCGCCGCGCCGAAGACUCAGGUAUCCAAGGCUGGUGGGUACGCGAUCGCUCAUCGAACGCUGGUCUCAGUGAGUCAGAAUGUGUGGUGAUGUAUCUACAUGGUGGUGGGCUGGUAAUGGGCUCCGCGGCGUUUUAUCUGGAGUUUCUGGCGAAUAUGAGGGAGGUGUUCGAGGAGCAGGGAUUCGCGAAUCCGGCGGUCCUGGCGGUUGACUACACCCUUGUUCCGGAUGGGAGGUAUCCGACGCAGUUGCAGGAGGUCGUGAGGGCAUAUACGUAUCUUACUCAAACCCUCAGUGUUCCUGCUGAGCGGAUUGUGUUGAUGGGCGAUUCGGCGGGCGGGUUGUUGAUAACGGGGUUAUUACUUCAUAUCUCGAGACCUGACUCGACGAUUGGGAUGGGGGAGUUGGAGAAGCCUGGUGUGGCGGUGAUGAUGAGUCCGUGGUUGAAUAUGAAGGGUGAGAGUGUUACGAUGCAUACGAACGAUGGGACGGAUUACCUCGACCCUGGGACAUUGGAUACGUAUGCGAGGGAGUAUACGGGUCCGGAAAACGAGGGACAGAAACAUGACGAGGCGCUCACGGAUCCAUACCUCAAUCCAAUCGCCUGUGAUUCACAACAAUGGCUCUCCCAAGCCCUGCCCGUCUACGGUCUCCUCAUGAUGAUCGGCUCAGGCGAGAUCUUCCGUGCGGAUGUAGAAGGGAUGUACAAACGCUUCCUCUUUGCCGCCGAUACCCAACCGGAAUCCGAAGGCGGGGGGAAGUGUGUGGUGGAACUGGAUGUGGAGGAGGGGAUGGUGCAUGCGUGGCCAAUGGCGUUGUUUUAUUUAGGAGGUGGGGAGAGGGAGAGGGUUUAUGGGACGGAGAGGAUUGUGGGGUGGGUGAGGGGGGUUAUGGGGAAGGAGGAGGAGGGGAGCGAGGGUGUGAAUGGGCGUAGAACGUUGUGA